GUUGAUAGCGUUCAUUGUCUACCAUCAUGUCUUGUGAAAGCAGUGAUCAUGUAGCACCACCACCAGAACUCAAUUUCACUCUCGUAACACAGAGGGAAAUUAACAGCACACCACAUGACUGGUCAAGUGCUGAGAUUCAGUCGCAACUACCAACAGAUAUUCUGCUAAUAACAGCAAAUGAUCAUGAAUUCAAUGCUUGCUAUUCAUAUAUGAAAGAUGUCCGACGAGGUUAUUCUACGAAACUAGGAAUGGUAGAUUUUGGUCAGUUCGGUGAUCAGAGUAAUGAGAAUGUGAAGGUGGCGCUGAUAAAAUGUGCACAGGGAUCGAGCAAAGCUCAGACAGCUGUCACAAAUGCUGCUGGGAUUUUAUACCCCAAAGUCGUUCUUUUCGUCGGGCUGUGUGCAACUAUGAAACCGACGAAGGCAAAACUUGGUGAUGUCGUGAUUUCCGCCAAAUUGGCCACUUAUGAUAAUAAGAAAGUCAUGGCAGAUGGCAGAGAUCUGUAUCGUGGCAUUAAAGUGAACGUUAGUAAAAAUAUGGCAGAUCUAAUUCUACAUGCAGACGAUGGUUGGGAACCACCGCUAAAAGACCCGAGCAGUUUAAAAUUUGAAGUUCAUCGAGACGCUGUGAUGUUGAGUGGCCCGGAGUUAGUCGACUAUCGUGAAAGACGAGAAGAAUUACUGAAUUCUUUUCCCGAUGCACUUGGUCUUGAAAUGGAGGGUAAAGGUAAGUAGGGAUCUUCCACAUCAUUCGCCGUCUAUAAAGCCAUAACGUUUUAAACCGGUUCAUAGAUUUGUCAAUUGUUAAAUAGAAUUCUAGAAGACAAUUGUUACGUCCACUUGUUCAUGAGUAUUCAUCUAUAUAUGUGUUAAAAUUACAGGUCUAUACGAAGCGGCGUAUAACCUCAGUAUUGAAUGGGCUGUUAUUAAGGCAGUGUCAGAUUUCGCAGAUGGAAGUGAAGAAAGGACAAAACUUUGGCAGCCAUUUUCUAGUGCAAUAGCGGCAUCUGUUGUAUACAAUAUGUUCAAAUACCCCGUUGUACUACGACAUUGGCCUCACCACAAAGAAACGGAAGACCCAAAAGGUAUAGUUAUUUUUAGACCGGAAUGAAACUGGAAUUAUUCUCAAUGCAGCCAGUUUAUAAUUGCCUAUUUAUAUUUAUCUUCUAUAGUCAACCGCAAAGAAAAAAAAAAGGAGAAAAAAAAGCAGAAAAAAAGUGAUUUUAAUGACAUUGAAACUGGACAUGUAAGUAUCAGUACAAUUAAAUUUUAAGACUCGCUACCAAUCCCCAUCGACAGCUCAAUGGGUAGAGUGGUGGGCUAGAAACCCGAAUAUACGAGUUUGAAUCCCGCUCGCGAGACAACGCAUUUUUCGCUCUAUCUGCUGUGUCAGAAUAAAUGCGAAACUAGUUUUUCGUAUCUUUUAGUAAGAGAGCUUAGCUUAUUAUGAUCAAAAUCAUAAAACGGUAGCAAAUAUAUUUACGGGGAAAAAAUAAUUACGUAAAGGCGUAUAUGUAUGCUUUUUUGCACAUAUGUAUGCAUACUUCUGUUGAUAGCAUUCAUUAUCUACCAUCAUGUCUUGUGAAAGCAGCGAUCAUCUAGCACCACCACCAGAACUCAAUUUCACUCUCGAUAUACGCAUUGACGUCAUAUACAACGAUGACUCAUCGUUAUCAUCAUCUCUUGUGAAGGUAUAGCACCACCACCAGAACUCAAUUUCAAACUCCCACUAGAGAGUGAUUUUGAUAAUGAACCAUAUGACUGGUCGAGAAAUGAGAUUCAGUCACAACUACCGACAUAUAUUCUGCUAAUAACAGCAAAUGAUCAUGAAUUCAAUGCUUGCUAUUCAUAUAUGAAGCAUAUGGCCUUAUAUACAUGAAGCUACCCAUACAUGAAGCACGUUUAUAAAAUAACAUGUAUAUAACGCGUAUUCUGAUUGGUCGAAAGCCGUGUUUGGAUCAGGCCAUCCAAACACGGAAGACUACCGUGUUGUUGUUAUUUUAUAAAACAAUUACUUUAUGGUUUCCGUGUUUGGAUGGACUGAUCCAAACACUUGGGAAUGUUGCUCGAGUUAAGAAAAGCGGGCAAAAUCACUCGCCUUCGGCUCGUGAUUUCGCUCGCUUUUCUUAACUCUCGCAACAUUCCCGCGUGUUUGGAUCAGGCCAUCCAAACACGGAAACCAUAAAGUAAUUGUAUAUUCUCGCAUCUCUUAGUAAGAGAUAUGAAAUCAUCUUUAAUCAUCUUCCUUCUUUCCUUCACUGAAUUCUCUCUGCCUUGCUCCCCUUCCUCCAUUUCUAACGUCUAUUCUCUUGGCUUAUAUUUCAGAAAAUGCAUAAUGGCCGCACAAUUGAGUACUCAGUCACAUCGCGAGAUUUCUUUGAUUACGAUGAGUACGAUGCGAAAGUGAGAGAUGUUGCAACUGGUGAAACGGCAGAGCGGACACUUUGUUUCACCAAAAAAGGGGCGAUGGAUGGAGCAAUCGAAGACUUAUUCAAGCAACUCAGGGAGAAAAAAUUAAUAUAAGUUUAAUUAACAUAUAUCCCGUUUACAUUGUCUUCAGUAGUGAAUCGUUCAACAUAUUUGCACUGUAUAUGCAUGCAAUGUAAAUAUAUAUAACAUUGUGUUUUUAAUCUUAACUUUGCAUGAAGGUAUAUACGUACAAAGCCCAUAAAUGUCUACAUAAUUGUAAAUUAUUGUAAUCUCAUGUCAAUUCAGCAUUUCGGUAAAAAUUAAGAAUGACAUAGUGACAUAAUUUCACAAACACUUUGUUUUUGCUUUGUCCUUUCGUUGUUCUAAUGACAUAUUUCCACAUAUAGACGAUGCUAGGACAAAUGGCAUUAAAUGAAAUUGAUUAAAAAAAUAUUAGCAAAAAUUCUCAACGUUAAAGAUAAGAAAAGUAACGGAGAUUGGUUUGAAUAUAAUCGUUUGAAUGUGGUAUGGCAAGAAUGCACAUUACUUAAACAUUGGUGGGCAUCAAGCCGCGCGGCGCGAGAAAGGCUCUUCGUGAAAUUGGUAGAUACGAUUUAGCGCGAUGUCUUUUAAAAAAGACAGGUGACAUUUUGUACCUCCAGAAGACUAGAAGAAAUGAAAUAGGUGACCGUUCUCUACAGUACUUUCCUCAACAGAACGAGGAAUUUCGAGUGUUUCCUGAUUGCACUGGGAAUCUAUUUUCAUCACAUGUUCAGAUGUUCUGACAGAACUACAAAUUGCUCUUGUAUGUUCCUUGCGAAAGAGUGUCCGAAUCCGAGCUAUUUCGCUUUGAUUCUUUCCUUCGUCGAUGACUAUCCGAUUCCGCGCAAGAGGACGACCGAUGCCGCUUCCGUGAUGAAGAUUUGCGAGCUCAGACCAUAGAAAUAAUAGACAUAAUAGAAGUAAUGUCUAUUAAAUAAUAAGCAAUUAUUGGAUGAGGCUGAGCAUGAUAUCAAGAAUUAUUCAGACCGAGGUCAAUGUUAUCUGCCGAAGCGAAGCUGAGGCGGAUAACAUAGACCGAGGUCUGAAUAAUUCUUGAUAUCAUGCGAAAGCCGAAACCAAUAAUUGUUUUAUUAUACAUUUAAGACAUGAGAAAGGUAUAAAACGAUUCCUGUUCAUGAGGUAGGAAAAGUACAAUUUGAUAUCAAACACCUUGCACAAAAUCAAAGGUCAGCUAAAUAUUCUAUUUCUACUUCUAUUUACCCCUUUGUGGCUUUUUUCGUGCUUUCACUAUCCUUAUCUGCCAAUAAUUUGGAGAGUUCACUUUCAUUCAGCGAAGCAAAUCUGCUGUAGGCCAUUGUUUAAUUUGUUUGUUGUUUUUUUUCGCGCGCUUAUCAAUCUCGUUCCCCGAGCAUGCCCGUUCGUAGGUUAAGGGUGGGCAUAGCUCUGGAGAAAUCGAAUUGAUUCAGGCCUGUGAUUGGCUAACGGCAGAUAGUACGUUGGAUUUCCAACGUGAGUUCUAUACAAACAAAGUAUUUAGAAUUUCUCGUCGAAAAUUUGAUACUUUUUACACCGAAAUCGAUUGAAAACAACUAGAAAUUCUGGAGGAAAUAUGUACGAAAGCUGCGGAUUGAUAUGGAUACAACUACCUGAAAAAUACAAGGAGAACUUCGACGUUUCGAGCGAAGGCGCUUCGACUUGUGCUGUUAGUGUUGUAUACAUCGUACUUGACCUUUUAUAUACUGUCAUACCUAACACUACAUAUACCAUAAAUUCUGACAGGAGAGUUACAUGUAAAUUUUAAAGCAUAAAAAUACAUAAUACUUAUUAUUGAGGAGAUUAUAUUUAUCAGCAAAGGUCAAGUACGAUAUAAACAAACACUAUUUACAGUACAGAUCGAAGCGUCUUCGCUGGAAACGUCGAAGUUCUCCUUGUAUUUUUCGGGUAGCUGUAUCCCUACCCAAUCGAAGCUUUCGUACAUAUUUCUCCCAGAUUUUUUAGUUGUUUUCAAUUCGAUUUCAGUUUAAAAUGUAUCAAAUUUUCGACGCGAAAUUAUAAAAACUUUAUUUAUAUUUUGCAACAUUGCCGAGCAUGCGUAGAACUCAAGUUGGAAAUUCAACGUGAAUCAAUUCGAUUUCUCCAGAGCUAUACCCACUCUUAACCUGCGAACGGGCAUGCUCGGGGAACGAGAUUGCGCGCUUAUGGGUUCAAGCUUUUAGCCGCGCAAGGGCUUGGGCCCAAGAGAGUCCAAUAAUUUUUUUUGGAUGCAAGUUCGAUCCAAAAAAACAAUUAUUGGACGCUGAUGACGUCAUCGGCGGAAAAUACGUAAUAAAUACCGAAUACUGAAAAUUAGCCGGUGCUUUCUGACCAAUUAGAAACGAGAAUACAUAUUAAAUGUAUAAUAAUUAACAAUUAUUGGAUGAGGUUUUUGUGAUAUGCGGAAUUAUCAAGGUCGAGGUAAGCGUUAUCAGCCGAGCCGAAGGCGAGGCUGAUAACGCUUACCGAGACCUUGAUAAUUUUGCAUAUCGCAAAAACCGAAUUCAAUAAUUGUUUUAUUAUACAUUUGAAAAAUAAUAAACAUAGUAUUUUAAUAUUUUAAUUUUUUUGCGAUAUGCAAAAUUAUCAAGGUCUCGGUAAGCGUUAUAUUCAAUAUGAUUUCUGGCGAAGCUGUUCAAGUAAAACGUUUCUAUAAACAAGUCUCCGGAAGUCCAACAGUUAAAUUAAUUACAAAUAUAGAAGAAACAUAUUAUCGUUAAGAUGUUAACGUAUUAAAAUAUUUACUUGUUAAAGUAAACAUUACAAUUAUGAAAUGUACAUUCAUUUGAAAAUUGAAAUGUACACUCAUUUGAAAUGUACACUCAUUCAACCUCACGCAACCUACACAAAAUUCAGUUAUCUGCUAGCAGAUAACUGAGUUAUCUGCUAGCAGAUAACUGAAUUUUGUGUAGGUUGCGUGAUUUAACUGUAAGCUCUUAGCCAAUCAAAUUGCUUUUACCCACUACAAUGUAUAAUAAUGUCUAUUAUUUCUAUGGCUCAGACCAUGGCUCAGACCUUAGCACUGCGGAAAGGAAAAAUAGGUACGCAUUGCGUACAUGGGCUAGUCUGUUAUUACCUCUUGCUGCUGAUAAAGUGACUGGACAAAGCAACUCCUGAUUUGUUGAAGGGUUCAAUUUUAUACAUGGGAUUUUGAGGGAACACUAUAUAGCUGAAAAAGGUCUGAUCCCUGAUCAUCCUCUACACAACUAUAUUUCGAGAGUAAAACAUAGUCUACUGUAUAUUAAAGUGCCUAUAAACCCAAAACAGGGGCGUAAGUUUGGACCAGCCUGCCCCUGGUCCUACCGGAAUUGGGUGCCCCAAGGCAGGGGUAUCCUAGAUCCAUUUGAAGUACCAUGAAGUUCUUACAAUAUGAACAUUUUGCUGGUCGUUUAGAAGCGAAUUUUAAUGGUAUCUUGAACUGGAAACAUAAAUAUAUAGAUUAUAGUAAAAUAUACAACAAAAAACCACAACUAUGCAGAAAUAACACCAUACAGAAAUUGUGUUUGACAUAAACAGUGAAAUGUUUGCCACUGUACUUAUGCACGUACAACCUUAGAUGAACAAGGUCCCCGGACAACUCAGUUCAGGGUGCCCCCUGGAAGCUCCCGGCUCUUACCGGGUAGAGCUCAUAGGAGUUACGCCACUGACCAAAAUGGGCGUGCGAAAGUUUCGUAUUUUCUUUAAAUCAAGAAAUACGCAAUUAUGGCUUUUUGCCACAAAUCUAUGCCUAAUAUUUUCCAGGAAGUUCGUGUGAAGUAUGUAAAGACAAAGACGGAUCAUCUUUCAAGAUUAACUACGCACGCGAGUUUGAGUAGAUACCUGUACCAUUUUAUUCGUGUUUGGACUACCUAUCUACAAAGGGUGAACAUGGAUAAAUAUGGUAAAUGAGCCGCAAUGAGGAUUCUUGUAAAAGUCAUGAAUAAUUAAUAAGGCUACAAACAAAUCACGACGCGGUAUUUAGGUCACAUGUUAGAGGGGAUGUUUAUGAAAGUUAUGAAUACUAAUUCAGAAGCAGGAGUGUUUAUGAAAGUUAUCAAUAUUAGUUCAGAUUUUAAACGCAUGCUAAUGAAGCGUUAGAUUGUCCCCAUGGCCAAGGGCAGUGAAUACUAAUAAAGUGAACAAAUAUAAUUCAUUUUACAAGUACGUUAAAAUAUUUCCAACUGAUCUUUAUGGGAUGCCCAUAAUUGCAUAAAGAUCAGCUGCUCAUAUUUUAUUAAUAUAGUUCUUAAUUUUUAGGUUUAAUGCAGCUGCGUAUGAUCUUGGCAUAGAACGGGCAGUUGUUAAAGGAGUGUCAGAUUUUGCCGAUGGAAAUAAAUCAGCGCCAGAAGAUGGCAGCCAUUUGCCGGUGCAAUGGCGGCAUCUGUUGUCCACAACAUGUUUGCGGAAUAUCCUGAUGUAAUACGGCAAUAGCCUCACUAUAAAAAGCCUGUACAAGGAGCAGCGAGUACGGCAGGUAAUUAAUGUAUACUGCGAGAGCGUAUUCUUCAAUAUUUGUAAAGAUAUGAAUGAUAUUUGGUGAGAAAAAUUAACUCAAAGAUAAUGUAAAUCAACAGGAUUUAUCACAAUCUUUACGGUCACAAUUUCCGUUAUGUAUUGUUGAAUGAGAAUUACAAGUAGCUAUACUGCUGAUUAGGAAUCAGACUGAGAAUUUUAUAUGCAGUUUAUAAUUGUCUAUUUAUAUUCUUGUCUUGAUAGUCACUCCUGCAGCGAAUAACUCACCCACUCCAUCUCUUCCCAUUGAGCAGUUGCUUAGAAGCAUUGCUGGCACAACAGAAGGCAGAGUACGUAUCAAUACAAUUAAAUUUCAUCUUCUUCAUUCCUUUCUAAUUCCAUCGUUCCCUCCAUCCUUCGUUUCUUCCAUCUAUCAUUCACUUCUUCUUUUGAUCCUUUCUUCGUGCAUGAAUCCUUAUUUCCUUCCUGCCUUUCACCCUUCAGUUUUCCUUCUUAUCUUCUAAAUUGUUUAUCAUAGAAACACGAAUUCUGUCCAUCUAUAUUUCCAUCCUUCCUUCUUCUCUUCGUAUCUACUCUGCUCUCACUCUUCCUACUCCGCUCUUUCCCUCCCUCUCGUCCUCCCAGUCUUCUUCCUUCCCCCUUCUCUCCCUCCUUUUCCAAUAUUCAUUCUUUCCUCUCCCAGACUCCCUCCCUCUUCUCUUCCUCCUUGUUUGCUUUCUUCCCCCUUUCUCCCUUCUCUCCCUAUACUUUCUUCUUCCCCUCCCAACCUUCCUCCCUCUCCCUGUUUCCCCCUUCCCCCUUCUCUACCUCCUCUCCCUAUACUUCUUCUUCCCCUCCAAGCCUUCCUCUCUCUCCCUUCCUCCCUUUCCCCUCCCUCCCUCUCCCCAUCUUCAUUUCUAAUGUCAACUUCUAUUUUAGAAAAUGUAUAAUGGUCGCACGAUCGAGUAUUCUGUUUCAGGAAGAUUUCAUUCCCUGAGAGAACCUUGGGUAUAUGAUGGAACAGCCAGGGAUGUCGCAACUGGAGAAACUGUAGAGAAAAAGCAUUUUAAAACGGCAGAUUGGGCGAUCAACGGAACUAUUGAAGAGUUAGUGAAGAAACUCAAGGAACGCAAAUUAAUAAAAGAUUAAUCAACGCACAUACUGGAUUACUUAAUAGUAAACUUGCAUGUAAUAUAUGAAAAAAUUUUAUCUUAAGUUUUCAGUGAUUGCGUUAGCAUGGCUUUUGCAUGUACUGUACGAUCACCAUUCAUUACUGUGAAAAGAGGAAAUUUUCUCGAUUAAGACACGACAGUAAAAUGCACUGCUCUUCUGGUGAAAUUGCAUGAACAAUUGAAAUUGUUGACUAGGAGAACGAAAAUUCUUUCUCAGCCUGGUAAUUCUAAUUAUUCAAGUUUAUUAGCUUUCUUAAUAGAAUUGUGGAAAGCUACACUAUACCAAUUCCACAAGCGGUAAAUAAUUCUUGCUUAAGCCUGUUAAGGAAGACAGUUUGUUGCAUGUUUAAUUAAAAUAAGUAAGCAAAACAACGUUUUUAAAAAGUCAAAAUACGACAAACAGUUAUGACAAGAACAAAGACAAUACACAAGGCAACAAAACAUAAAAAUUAAACAAAUAAUUUAGAACUUGUUGAGUCUGUUUGUUCAAUCUUGUCCAAUUUAUUUUUUUUUACUUUAGCUACGUUUCGGAUAGUUUACUACCCGUCCUCAGGCUAUUUACACCUGUAACAUUAUGACAAAAUACAUUCUUCUUGCUUUGCUUCUACUUGCAAUCCACCUUGACUUCUUCCUCGAUUUCCUCUUCGACUUCUGCUUUCUCUCACUUUUACAUAAGUUAUUUCUUUAUUCCCUUCGGGGCCUUCAUUUACAUAAAUUUUCGUGACUUCUCUCUCCCACGUUUCCUCAUCAUCAUCGUAUUGAUUCAUGCUUCCUUGUCCAUAUCUUUGUAUCUCACGUCCACUCUGAAAAAAUUGUGGGGGAAAAUUGAAACCAAAAUUCAUGUGAAACGUCACCCUGUAUAGUAUAUGUAAAGUCCAAAUGACGCUAUAAAGCCAAUUAACUAAUAAAUUGGUUGUUUCAAAUUCAAAAUAAAUCAAUUUAUGGGUUGAUUUAGCCAAUUUGUUUUAAUUUACAGAGUGGAUAACAAUUAAGGCUCUCCCUACCAUUUUUAGAUCUUCUGGUGAAAUCCCUCACUCUUAGCUUUCGUGUCUCUCAGAUAUAUGCCUUAUAAAAGUAGAUAAAAGAUGUUAAUACACAAAUUAAAUUAUUUGAUCUGUAAAAUUUGAGGAGGCAAAGAGAACGAUACUAACGUGUCCAUAGUUGUUUCUGCACACGAAUAAAAAACUUUGAUAUUUGAGGAUACUAUACAUUUAACCAAAUAUUCAGAGGCAACUAGUUUUUUAUAUUAAAAUUACUGUCAACCAUUUUGCUGACCACAAUUCCAAAUACAAUCACGUUUUGUAUCUAAUACAUUUAUCAUAAAUAAAGAUUAAAGCAUGAGGAACUAUAUACAACUUACUACUGCUACUAUUAACCAAUCAGAUGCGUUUAAUCUACCCGAAUUACAAAUCAAAUGCGAAUUAAACCUGCAGUGGGAAGUAGCGGAAGUCAAAUCUGAACCUCUUUAAGUAAAAUUUUGACGACGUAUCAUUGUUUUUGCACUGCGCAAUUUCACUUUCACUAUCAGUCUUCAAUUUUCAAUCCUAGAUCGUUUGUGUUCUAUAUAUACUUUUACAAAACAAUUGAAGAGAAAGAGAAAAGUUCAUAAGAAAAGCUAUGAAAAUUUUUGAAUAUAUAAAUGUUUUCUAUGCAGCGGAAAUUCCAAGCAAAUGCAUGUAUAGGGGAAACCAAAUUUUCAAAACGCCGUAACUCGCGCUCUGAAUGUCCAAACAACGCGAAAUUUUUGAUGUAGACGAAGAUUUCAAUUCUGGGAUCCAUUUCUGCCAAAUAUGAAAAUGGGAAAUCGAUAACGCGAACGUGGAUCGGAGAACAAGAUGAGACUUGUAUGAUGAGUCCCAUUAUUUUGAUAGCCGGCCCGUCGUUCUUAGGUUUUAUGCUUAAAUUAUCUAUGUUAUAAACCCACGUUAACAGGAAUUAUUAAACUGUAAUCAUCUAAACUACAUGGUCAUAAAUUCUGGACAUACGUACCUCUAUAGUGGUCUUAACCUCUGAACACAGCCACAAAAUUUGCAAACCAACGUUAACGAUGUUGCUUGCUGUUUUGCUUAAUUCACGCAGAAUUUGAAAUUUAUAAUCACACAAAGGAUGCAUUCUCGUACCCAGAGCCUACUUACGCGCGUUCGACCGAGCGCGACGAGGGGCUGUGGCCAAAUCCAUAACCGGAUACCAUAAAAACAUGGUAAGAAAACAAUAUCCGGUGUUAGCCAAUCAGAUGCCAGUUCGGAUAUGGAUUUGGCCAGAGCCCCUCGUCGCACCGCGCGUAAGAAGGGCUCUGGGUGCGAGAAUGACAAAGGAUUUUACAGUCUUCCCAGAGUGCGUUGCGCAGUGUGCAGUAAUCAUUAAUAGUAAUAUGAAAGAGUAUGAAGAUUUUAGACGGGCAAAAUAUCUGAAAUGUAUCAAUCGAGUAUAUUUGCUAUAAAUUGAUAUUAUGUGCAGACACAACAAUUUGUGUCCUGCAAUUUAUAAAAAAUAAACCGAUACAACUAAACGACAUUGACAACCACAAGAUGAAGAAAAUGAAUAUUCAUACAACUAAAAGAUGUGGAAACGGAAGUAAAUUAUGUCCGGAAAAAUUUUUUUUAAACAGUAUAUGAAAAUUUUUUAUCCUAAUUAUAGUAAGUAAUUAACAAAUAUGAUACAUAAUAUAACAAAACAUAGAAAGUUAAACAAAUAAUUUAAGCCUGUUUGUUCAACCUUGUCCAACUUAUUUUGUAAAACGCACUUUUAAGUAACUAAUAACGGUAAUUCGACUUAGUGGAGUGCAGCUGUCUGAAAUUAUACGCGUGAAUACAAAAAAAUUAACAUUUCUAUAUUGUGGCUUAGUGAACAACGUGAAAAUGGCCUUUGAAACAUUGUUUUACCAAAAUACUAAACUAAAGGCCUGAGGUGUGCAAGGGACAGUUUCGUAAUGCAAGAUUUGAAGAAAUUAUGAUAAGAUACAUUCGUCAUUUUGCUUUUCAUCGUCAUCACUCUGGUUCCACCAUGUUGGAUGCGGCUUUGCUUCUCUUUGUCUUCUUUCCUCUUCUUCUCUUUCUCUUUCCCGUCGUUCCCUUUCCUCUCUUUCCCUUUCCUGUCGCUCCCAUCUAUAUCUUUCCUCUUUUUCACGUGCCUCUUUUUCCUUUUUUUCUUGUUUCUUCUUGCGCCUCUUUUCCUCUUUUUCCUUUUUAAUAGGAUAAAGCAGAUUAUGGGUUGAAACAGAUUAUGAAGCAGAUUAUGGGUGUUCUAACCAAUCUUUUUUUAAAGUAGAUAAUAGCUAAGGCUCUCCUUACCAUUUUCAGAUCUUCAGGUUAAAUCACUUUUUCUGUCUCUCAGAUAUAUACCUUACAAAAGUAGAUAAAAAGUCGUUAAUAUAUUGUUUAUUAAUUUGUUUAUUGAGUUCCUCACUCAUUGGAGCGUGCAUGGAUCUCCCAACAGACUAUAUUGCGCAAUUGAUAGGGGAUCAGAAGUCCAUACGAUUUAACGUUAUUAUAUGAGGCCGCGAAAGUCUAACCAUUUACUGAUGUCAAUGUAAAGGUAGCUCUUUCUUCUCAAUAAUUUCAAGACUUUGAGUAGAGGUCCGACCAAGGAUUGAACCCGGGUCUCCCAACUUGAAAGCAAGCUUAUACCAGCCGAACGUCGGCAUUUAUACGAGUAAAAAUAAGCCGCGGUUAAAAUAAGCCCGGGGUUGAAAGCUAGGCCUAAAUAAGCCAAGGCUAAAUGCAAAUUGCCUGUUUACAUGAGUUGUUCGCGACUUAUUUAAGCCGCGGCUUAUUUUCGCUCGUAUAAAUGGUUCUAUAAUUUUCCUGACCAUGCACAUGUUUUAGAAAUAAGUAAAAUGUCACACCGUGUAUGUAAUAUAUUUACCAUAGACAUGGAUUACAGCUAUGAUGAUUAAAGCAAUUAGGAAUGAUUAAACUGUCUUACAAUUACAUAUCCUCAAACGUCAUAUAUAAUUCAUUUUGCACCGCGCAGUUUUACUUUCACUGUCAGCCCCUUUAGCUCUCACCUAUUUCGUCGACCAAUCUUCGAUCGUUUGCGUUUGUGUUCUGUACACUUUUACAAAGCGUAAAUAAAAAAAAUGUCAAUGUAAAUAAAAACACAGAAAGUAUCAAACAGAUAUAAAUAACUCGGAAUAAAUACGAAAGUUCGACGGGUAUGUUGAACAAACUGACCAGUAAUAAAGAAAGCUUCGAAUUGAUAUAGGGAUUCAACUACCUGAAAAAUACAAGGAGAACUUCGACGUUUGAGAGAACGCCCUUAAUUCGUCUGGAAGAAGGCUCUUCGUUGGAAACCUCGAAAUUCUCCGUCUCCGACGAAGGGCCUUCGCUCGAAACGUCGAAGUUCUCAUUGAAUUUUUCAGAUAGUUGAAUCCCUAUAUCAAUCUGCAGCUUAUAUAUCUUUCUUCACAUUGCAUUAUUGUCACUACCUACAUUGGCACGUACCAAUAAUUAAGAUAUUGGGAAUGUAUUGAGGCAUAUACAGAAUAUAGAGGACGGCAUGAACAACAAAUCAUUGUCUUAUAAUACUUUUUGUUUGUGGAAACUUCACGUAAAUUAAAUUACUGCAAAGCUUUCGAUCCGUAAGCCCGGAUCUUCAUCGGUGCUAAUUCGGGCUUACGGCUUUGAAGUAAUAAAUUUACGUGGUGUUCCACAAGCAAAAAGUAUUAUAUGUUUUAUCGCCAUGCAAUCCUACAAAGAAAAUAUUGUCUUGUUCUAACCAUAAUAUGACUUGAAUUUCAGUAGCUUAACGUACCAUUUACAAGAGCUCUACUAAAGCUCGUUACUUUGUCACAGUCGAAAUGAUAGCUUUGCAUCGAAAACGUGAAAGUUUGCCUUCGCUGUACGAAACUGUGUAAAACUUUCACAAGACUUCUAAGUAUAAAGCUAAAUGAUUAUUUAGUUUCAUUGUUUUGAAAGCCGAAGUUAUUUAUGUUAACCCAUAUUGACUGUAAAGAGAACUGUAAGUACCUAUAUAUACUGGUCAUAAAUUAUAGUCAUACAUACCUUUGUCCUUAUCUCUGAAUACAACCACAAAAAUCGCUCAAUAACGUUGCUAUUUUGCUUACAACGCAAAAUUUUGACGUUUUUAGCGUCUAUUAUGCGAGAGAUUUCGUGCGGAAAAUCAAGCAAUUUACAAUCAUGCACCCCGUGAUCUCUACGGCGACUCUAACAUUAUUACAACAUGGUCAUGGAACUCUAAGAAAAUGAAUGUAGCUAUACAGCGCAUUAGAUCCUCUGAAUAACAAUCAGGAACAUCUCAAAGCAACAAGUCGAGCUUAGAUUAUUAGAUUAUUAUGAUCAAAAUCAUAAAACAGUAUAGCAAAUAUAUUUACAAGGGAAAGAAAUUAAUUAGGUAAAACGUAUGUAUGUAUGCAUAUAUGCACAUAUGCAUGUAUACUUCUGUUGAUAGCGUUCAUUGUCUGCCACCAUGUCUUGCGAAAGCAGUGAUCAUGUAGCACCACCACCAGAACUCAAUUUCACUCUCGUAACACAGAGGGAAAUUAACAGCACACCACAUGACUGGUCAAGUGACGAGAUUAAGUCGCAACUACCAACAGAUAUUCUGCUAAUAACAGCAAACGAUCAUGAAUUCAAUGCUUGCUAUUCAUAUAUGAAAUAUGUCCGACGAGGUUAUUCUACGAAACUAGGAAUGGUAGAUUUUGGUCAGUUCGGUGAUCAAAGUAAUGAGAAUGUGAAGGUGGCGCUGAUAAAAUGUGCACAGGGAUCGAGCAAAGCUCAGACAGCUGUCACAAAUGCUGCUGGGAUAUUAUACCCCAAAGUUGUUCUUUUCGUCGGCCUGUGUGCAACUAUGAAACCGGCGAAGGCAAAACUUGGUGACGUCGUGAUUUCCGCCAAAUUGGCGACUUAUGAUGAUAAAAAAGUCAUGGCAGAUGGCAGAGAUCAGUAUCGUGGCAUUAGAGUGAACGUUAGUAAAAAUAUGGCAGAUCUAAUUCUACAUGCAGACGAUGGUUGGGAACCACCGCUAAAAGACCCGAGUUGUUUAAAAGUUGAAGUUCAUCGAGACGCUGUUAUGCUAAGUGGUCCAGAGUUAGUCGACUAUCGUGAAAGACGAGAAGAAUUACUGAAUUCUUUUCCCGAUGCACUUGGUCUUGAAAUGGAGGGUAAAGGUAAGUAGGAACAUCCUACAUCAUUCGUCUAUAAAGCUAUAACGUUUUAAACCGGUUCAUAGAUUUGUCAAUUGUUAAAUCGAAUUCUAGAAGACAAUUGUUACGUCUUGUUCAUGAAUAUUCAUCUAUAUGUGUUUAAAUUACAGGUCUAUACGAAGCGGCGUAUAACCUCAGUAUUGAAUGGGCUGUUAUUAAGGCAGUGUCAGAUUUCGCAGAUGGAAAUAAAGAGAGGACAAAACUUUGGCAGCCAUUUUCUAGUGCAAUAGCGGCAUCUGUUGUAUACAAUAUGUUCAAAUACCCUGUUGUACUACGACGUUGGCCUCACCACAAAAAGAUGGAAGACCCAAAUGGUAUAGUUAUUUUUAGACCAGAAUGUAACUGGAAUUAUUCACAAUGCAGUUUAUAAUUGCCUAUUUAUAUUUAUCUUAUAUAUAGUUAACCCCGAACCACUUCAUGCUUAUCAAAAGAAGUGGGGUAGUGUUUUUACUGACAUUGAAACUGGACAAGUAAGUAUCUGCAGUACAAUAAAAUUUUAAGACUCGCUACCAAUCCCAGUUGUCUCGACAGCUAGCUCAAUGGGGAGAGCGGUGGGCUAGAAACCCGAAUAUACGAGUUUGAAUCCCGCUCGCGAGACAACGAAUUUUUCGUUCUAUCUGCAGUGCCAGAAUAAAAGCGAAACUAGUUUUUCGUAUCUUUUAAUAAGAGAGCUUAGCUUAUUAUGAUCAAAAUCAUAAAACGGUAGCAAAUAUAUUUCCGGGAAAAAUAUAUAAUUACGUAAAAGCGUAUGUAUAUGUAUGCAUAUAUGCACAUAUGUAUGCAUACUUCUGUUGAUAGCGUUCACUGUCUACCACCACCACCAGAACUCAAUUUCACUCUCGCUAUAUGCAUUGACGUCUUAUACAACGAUGAAUCAUCGUUAUCAUCAUGUCUUGUGAAGGUAUAGCACCACCAGCAGCACUCAAUUUCACACUCCCAAUAGCGAGUGAUUUUGAUAGUGAAUCAUAUGCACGACUGUUCAAGCAAUGAGAUUCAAUCACAACUACCGACAGAUAUUCUGCUAUAAUAACAGCAAAUGAUCAUGAAUUCAAUGCUUGCUAUAUGAAGCAUAUGGCCUUAUAUGCAUGAAGCUACCCAUACAUGAAGCACGUCAGUUUUCGUAUCUCCUAGUAAGAGAUAUGAAAUCAUCUUUAAUCAUCUUCCUUCUUUCCUUCAAUUCUGUCUGUCUUGCUCCCCUUCCUCCAUUUCUAACGUCUAUUCUCUUGACUUAUAUUUCAGAAAAUGCAUAAUGGCCGCACAAUUGAGUACUCGGUCACAACGCGAGAUUUAUUUGAUUACGAUGAGUACGAUGCGAAAGUGAAAGAUGUUGCAACUGGUGGAACAGCAGAGCGGACACAUUGUUUCACCAAAAAAGGGGCGAUGGACGGAGCAAUCGAAGACUUAUUCAAGCAACUCAGGGAGAAAAAAUUAAUAUAAGUUUAAUAGUUUAAUUAACAUAUAUCCCGUUUACAUUGUCCUCAGAAUCAACAUAUUUAUACUGUAUAUAUACUGUAUAUAUACUGUAUAUAUACUGUAUAUAUAUAUAUAUAUAUAUACUGUAUAUAUAUAUAUAUAUACUAUAUAUAUAUAUAUAUACUGUAUAUAUAUAUAUAUAU